AUGAGUGUCUCCGCCUUGACUCGGGGUUUCCCCGCAAGUCCCCGCAUCAUCUCUCGCCGCCCAUUCCAAUCACUCCUAUUCCCCAGUGUCAUCAUUCGGCCGAGUAGUUCUAAUUCUAACGGUGGUCGAGGCGAGAAGAAGAGCGACACUUCGAACACAGGCUCAUCUACCGGAAGCUCGUCCAAUUCCUCGUCUACGGGCCGGACAUUCCUUAUCUCUACAAUUGCGGCUGGGGCAGGUUAUGGAGUUGCCAGUUCGGUUCAGUCGUCAGCAGCCAAAGACACUGGUGCUCCAAAAUAUGGAUCUACGAAAGACUUUGAGAAGGCAAUUGCUGAGCUUCAAGCGAAAUUCGGCGAGGACACGAUAAGCAUAGAUGAGGAUGAUUUACAACGACAUGGGUUCUCUGAGUGGUCAAGUGUGAAUGCAGAUCGCCUACCGGUUGCAAUUGCCUACCCUUCGAGCACUGAAGAUGUCUCGGAGAUUGCGAAGGUCUGCAAUAAAUACAAAAUGCCGAUGGUUCCAUACUCUGGUGGAUCUAGUCUCGAGGCAAACUUCUCUGCUCCUUACGGCGGCCUAACGAUUGAUUUCGCUCUCAUGAACAAGAUAGUGGAUCUGCAUGAAGCAGACUUGGAUGUUGUGGUUCAGCCCUCCAUUCAGUGGAUGGAUUUAAAUGACAAGAUCAAAGACACUGGUCUCUUUUUCCCCGUCGAUCCAGGCCCAUCCGCUAUGAUAGGGGGUAUGAUCGGGACGAACUGCAGUGGGACAAACGCUGUGCGCUACGGCACCAUGAAAGACUGGGUAAUAAACCUCACAGUCGUUCUAGCAGAUGGCAGUGUUAUGAAGACUCGCAGACGUCCUCGCAAAACAUCGGCUGGAUACAACCUGACGGGCUUAUUUGUAGGUUCCGAAGGAACACUCGGCAUUGUUACCGAAGCUACACUCAAGCUGGCUCCAAUCCCGGAAGAAACACGAGUUGGCGUUGUUUCCUUCCCCUCAAUUCGCGAUGCUGCAUCUACUGCUAUGCAGCUCAUAAGGAAAGGAGUCCCGGUCCAGUGUAUGGAGAUUCUGGACGACGUGCAAAUGGAUGUGAUCAACAAGGCCGGUGGGACAGGAAGAACGUGGAAGACGUUACCUACCCUUUUCUUCAAGUUCUCUGGAACACAGGCAGGUGUUGCCGACAGCAUCAAUUUGACUGAAAACCUAGCUAAAGGCAAUAAUGCGGAGGCUUUUGAAUUCGCGAAAAACGAAAGGGAAGCACAUGACUUAUGGUCAGCAAGGAAACAGUCUCUUUGGAGUAUGAUGGCUUUGAGAAAAGAGGGCUCUGAAGUGUGGUCUACUGAUGUCGCUGUCCCAAUCUCUAGGCUUCCGGAUAUCAUCGAAAUAUCCAAGAAGGAGCUCGAUGACCUAGGGAUAUUUGCUAGUAUACUUGGUCAUAUUGGCGAUGGGAACUUCCACUCGAGUAUCAUGUACGACCCCAAAAACGCCGACGAGAGAGAGCGCGUCGAGAAGGUGGUGUACGACAUGGUCGAUCGCGCAUUGGAUAUGGAAGGUUCUUGCACGGGUGAACAUGGUGUCGGCCUAGGCAAAAAGUCAUCCCUAAAGAAGGAGCUCGGGCCUAAUACGAUUGGGGUUAUGCGCAGCGUCAAAAAGGCUUUUGACCCCCACUGGCUGUUGAAUCCUGGAAAAAUUUUUGACCCUCAGGACCAUUAA